UUGAAUUGGGGUGACAUGAUAGCAAUAUUCCAGUAUUUAAAGGGCUACCACAAAGAAGAGGGAGUCAAAUUAUUCUCCAAAGCACCAGAACUAAUCAAAGAGAAAAGCAACCUGAAAUUAAGGAGAAACUUCCUAAUGGAACGAUUAGAAGCUAUGAUGCGGCGCUCCAUGGAACGAAGUCAGCAGCCAGAGCAGAAACAGAAGAGAUGGUCGUGGGGAGGAGGACUGGCUGCAGGCUCAGGCGACAGAGAUGGUGAAUCAGAAAAUGCCCCACCCCUUCUAGGUUUAGCUGUCAACACUCUUCUUCCAGACCCUGUGGUUUCAAUUGUUGCUGCUGAACCCUGCAAUGCAUGUGACAAACUUUCAGUUUCUACAAUGAAUCUGCCAAAGCAAAUGGAGUCAUCUAUCAAUAAACGUCUUUCUUCCUCCAUAGCAACAAUAACUUAUUCCAUUGAUAAAGCUCAUCGCAUGCACCUUAGUCCAGUGGAAACUUUUAUCAUUUCUCGACUAUUGACUCCCACGCAAGCUUCUUUAGCCAGAAGCAGAAGUACUUUAAUGCUUUCUGAGAGGUAUACUGAUUCAGUAUUCCAUAUCUGUCCUUGUGUAGCACCAGCCAGCCCUCUUAAAACUUCUUACAAGCCUUCCCCCACUCGAAGUGUGGAGAAAAAGAAAGCAGCAUCUGCUUCCACGUCAGAUUCAAUGAAGGGAGCAAGUACAAGUGAAGUCUCACAGAAUGAGAAGAAAAAGAAACAGUCAACAACACCUGGCACAUCUGGUUUUGGAUCUCCUUUUAAAAAAUAUGAAUCUCCAGCAGCUGUAUCUAAACAAUCAGCUUCGCCCACAACUCCAAAGUCAGUGUCAAAGACUUAUCCACAGUUUCCCAAAACUAAUAGAAUGUAUCCAGCUUCUCCUAUGAAAAAUCGUACAACUUCAAACUUGAACCAAGAAACUCCUAAAAAGAAAACAGCAAAAGUUAAAGACAGCCAGCGGGACAAUAUUAGUCAAAGAAUUCGAGCAUCACCAGCUGAAGCUGUAAAUCAGUCUAGUGCCGAAAAAUCUUCUAUGGGAAAAAUUGAAAGCACUGAAGGGAAACAUGUAGCAGGGACUACUGAUGCUGAAGAAGCAACUAGAAUUCUAGCAGAGAAGAGACGUCAGGCUCGACUUCAGAAAGAACAAGAAGAAAAGGAAAGGCAAGAAAGACAAAAACUUGAAAGGCUAGAAAAAGAAGAGCUGAAAAGAAAAGCAGAGGAAGAAAGGACUCUGUUGGAAAAUAAGGAUCGUAAAAGAGAAGAUGAAAGGAAAUUGGAAGAGGAAUUAGCAAAAAGAAAAGGAGAAGAUGAAACAAGAAAAAGAGCUGAAGAAGAACACAAACUGAGAGAAAAGCAAGAAAAAGAAUUGCAAGCUAUGCUUGAGAUACAGAAAGAAGCAGCAGAAGCUAAAGCACGAGAGGCAGCUGAACAUUUACGUUUAGAAAAGGAACAAAUAAUGCAGCAGAUAGAACAAGAAAGACAAGAACGAAAGAAGCGAAUAGAUGAAAUAAUGAAAAGGACAAGAAAAAAUGAAAUAGCAGAAAUCAAGAAAGAAGACACAAAAUCAGAUGAGCCAAGAACCUUGAAUGUGGAUCAAUAUCCCAACCCACUUGCCCUUAGACAAGCAGAAAUUAAUGGAGUAAUGAAUUGCAAAAAUCCAAAAGGUGUUAAAUGUGCUAUGUCUGAAUCUUUUCCUCCUGAAGUAUUUUCUAAUGGUCUUAAGCCACUUAUGGGCCUUAUUCAACUAGAUGCAAUGGAUGGAAAAUCUCACAGCUUGGAUGAGUCAACAGAUGAAGUUCAAUCUAUGGAUGUGAGUCCUGCUUCAAAAGAAGAACUUAUAUCUGUCCCUGAAUUUUCACCAUUGAAUGAAAUGAUGCCAGGAAUUACUUUGGACCAAAAUGGAUCAAAUAAUAGGAAAGCUCUUGAAGAACUGCUAGAUUUUACUGAUCAGGCCACUUACCCAAAAUUAACAAGUGAAAGUAUUAGUAUAGAUGAUUGUAAUAAAAAUUUGAUUGAUGGAUUUAAUAGCCCAGGCCAAGAGACAACACUAAGUUCCUUGUGUUGACAAAUACAUCGCUACAUAGCAAUAAGGUAUGGUCCUUUCAUAGAAUACAAUUAUUCAGCUUUCUUUUCCAGUCAAAAAUUGUGUGACAGAAGACAAUUCAUUUCUUUCUUUAAAUGUUAAAUAAGCGACUGUUGUCUUUUGUCUUGCCUAUGUUUUCCCUAGUUAUGUUAACCAUAGCCACAUUGAUGGGGUGGGGUGGGAAUGAAAAAGAAAAAUUAUAAACCAGAAAGGUUUCUCUACCGACUUUUAUCAAGUAGAGAUUCUCAGUCAUUCUUGGUGAUGGUUGCCCCAAAGUUGCUUUUUCAGAAGGCAACUGGACUUUCUUGUUUUUUCUUUGAAGACAUUUCGCUUCUCAUACAAGAAGCUUCUGUCAGAGCUUAAGAAGCUUCUUGGAUGAGAAGCAAAAUGUCUUCAAAGAAAAAUCAGAAAGUCCAGUUGCCUCUUGAAAAAGCAACUUUGGGACACUUUUAAAGAGAAUUUAUGCAGUUUUUAUAUAUAAAUUCCAUUCAUAGGAGAUGCAUUUGGCUUAUCUAGGGAUAUCUGUCUAUAUCCUUGCAUCAAUUUACUUAAUCUAAAAACAAUGAUGUACUAUAAAAAGCAAAAAUAAAUCUGAAAAUAUAUGACAAAAAAUCUUGUGCUCUUUAUACUACCUUUAUAAAGGUUAACAAACUUAACUUAGCAAAAGCAUUUAUGGAUUGCCAAGUUAGAUACAUAGAAUAUUACCUGCCAUCACAAUGGAUGGUAGAGAUUGAAAUGAUAAAUAAGAAAUAAGAUAGAUGUAGUAAUCUGUAAACUGAUUAACUAUAUAACAUGAUAAGAGCUGUUAUGCUACUGGAAGUUCAGAUGCAUGAAUGAUGGCUCAACUAUUCAAGGAUAACAUCCGUAUUUGUGAUUUCUUUGCUCAAGAUUCAGUAUUUUUGAGUAUACACGCUAUAUUUCUCUUUGUAAUUGGCAGAGGAAAUUGAGAAUAUAGAACACUCGCAAUGCUGCUACUGUCAGUAAAAUAAGAGCCUAUCCUUUUAAGAAGCUGCUGCAGUCUGCAACACUGGAUACCACCAAUUGUGCACUGAACUUACAGUCUUCCCAAAUGCAUUGCUGAGUAGUCACUUGAUAAAAAGCAGGAUUAAUUAAUGGUUUGAGGAGCUUUUGUGUGGAUUUUAUUUAGAAUAUGGUCUAGUGAAAAUGUGGGUCCUAAACAUCUCCAUCAAUGGAUUCCAUUUAUUUUAAAAGAAAAAUUGCCAAUAUGCUUGUUUUUACUGAAGAUCUAUAACUGAAAAGGUUUGAAAAACAAUAUGCAACUGUUGGAAUCCAACUGUCUUGAAAACAGUGUAGAAUUAGAAUUAUCCAUCAACAUGUGGCACAUAACAAAUUUUAUGUUGUUUUAAUCAAUAAUUUAGUUAGCAUUACACUGUGAUGACGAUAUAUGCUAAAAUUAGAACUUCUUUAUUACAUGGGUCUAUAACAUAUUUAAGUUUGUUCCUUUGGGAUAAAACAUAGUUACAUUUAAUUAUGUAUAUUAUACUGCUUCAUAAGCCUGUAUCAAACUGAAAUGUUUAUAUUGAAAAUGUAUCAGUUCUCAAUAUCAGACUUCAUAAAUCACUGGAAUUCUGAAACUCAGAAUUGUAAUAACAAUAAACAAUAUAUACACAUGGCAACAUACUAAGAUGUAAUUAUGAAUGCAGAAAAUUAUACUUGAAUAACAUGAUAAACUGUUAUCAUCUUUCACUUGACACAUGUGACUGAAGAAAGGUUUUUGAGAUAAUUGGUAUUUUAAAAUAUAUGAAGAGCAUGACAUAGCUCAGACAAGCAUUUUAAGAACUGUUGCUUUUAACAAGAUAAUUAAGCUCUUACUUAGGUUUUUCUUGUUAAAAAUCAAUGGAACUUGUAAAGAAUAAGGAAUUUCAAAUUUCAUUGAGCUCUUUAAUACUGUAGUCUAUGCUGCCCAGAGAGGUCAAACUUUGUCCUAUUCUAUACAACAAAAAAUGUUGCUAAAGCUAAUGAAUUUUUUAUGUUGAUGUGUAUUAAAUUAUAACUCUGUUCUUGUGUCUUUAAAAACAUGACCUGUUUAAUAAUUAAACCAGCUACAAAAAUAUGUGACAAUAGACAUUAUUGCUUACAAUACUUAUAUCAAUGUAUUUCCACAAAAGUAAUUCCUUGAUGGCUUGCAAUAUGUUGUAGCAUGGUAUAGUGUCUUUCAAGUUAAUCCUGCAAUUUCCAUCUUACACAAUAAAUAUAUCAACCUAUCAUAUAUGGCUAUGA